UGAUUCGGCAGCUUUUCUCCGCUUGUCGCGUGUACCGGUCUUUCUCCACUCGCGUUCGCGAUCAUGGAGGCGAACGGGACCGAGCUGCUGCCGGUAGAGCCAGGUAUGGACGCGUUGAUCGUUAACGGGGGAGCGGCGGAACAUGACGCUGAUCUCUCCAAGAAGAAGAAGAAGAAAAAGAAAAGAAGCAAGAUAGCGGUUUCCGUAGGACACGGUGAACAGGGGGAGGAUGGUGAGGUGGAUGGGAAAAAACCGACAGAACAGCAGAACCUGGAGGAGAAUCACAGAGAAGAUGAUGGAGAAGAAGAUGGAGAGGAAUGUGAUAACGUCUCUGGGAAAAAGAAGAAAAAGAAGACCAAGAAAAAGAAAGGACCCAAAACCCAAACUGACCCUCCAUCCAUCCCCAUAUGUGAUUUGUACCCCAAUGGUGUGUUUCCUGUGGGUGAGGAGUGUGAAUACCCUUCAUCGCAAGAUGGGCGUAGUGCUGCUUGGAGAACGACCAACGAAGAGAAGCGAGUGUUGGAUAAAGCAAACGAGGAGCUGUGGAAUGAUUUCCGGCAGGCAGCCGAGGCACAUCGACAGGUGCGCAAAUAUGUGAAAAGUUGGAUCAAACCUGGAAUGGCCAUGAUUGACAUAUGUGAGCGUUUGGAGGACUGCAGUAGAAAGUUGAUCCAAGAGAACGGUUUGAAUGCAGGGUUGGCAUUCCCUACUGGCUGCUCGCUGAAUAACUGUGCUGCUCACUACACACCAAACGCAGGAGACCCUACUGUCCUACAGUAUGAUGACGUAUGCAAGAUCGAUUUCGGCACACACAUUAAUGGCAGGAUUAUUGACUGUGCCUUUACCGUAACCUUCAACCCAAAGUUUGAUCGCUUGCUUGAGGCUGUGAGAGAUGCUACCAACACCGGCAUCAAGUGUGCAGGUAUAGAUGUACGUCUUUGUGAUGUCGGAGAAUCGAUACAGGAAGUUAUGGAGUCAUACGAGGUUGAAAUAGAUGGGAAAACAUACCAAGUCAAACCUAUCCGGAAUCUGAACGGACACUCUAUUGGUCAGUAUCGGAUACAUGCGGGUAAAACGGUGCCUAUAGUGAAGGGAGGAGAAGCCACCAGGAUGGAGGAGGGGGAGGUGUACGCCAUUGAAACAUUUGGCAGCACUGGUAAGGGUGCGGUGCACGAUGACAUGGACUGCUCCCAUUACAUGAAGAACUUUAAUGUUGGACAUGUGCCAAUCAGGCUGCCCAGAGCAAAGCACCUGCUCAACGUGGUAAAUGAGAACUUCGGGACUUUGGCAUUCUGUCGACGCUGGCUUGACCGAUUGGGAGAAAGCAAGUACCUGAUGGCCCUGAAAAACCUGUGUGACCUGGGCAUCAUCGACCCCUAUCCCCCUCUGUGUGACACCAAGGGCUCAUACACAGCACAGUUCGAACAUACCAUCCUGCUCAGACCCACGUGCAAGGAAGUUGUGAGCCGUGGAGACGAUUACUGAAAUGCACACGUGCAUACACUCCAGUUUUGCGCAAAAAAAACAUACACAGACACUUGAAUAUAAUAAACUGUAUAAAGUAGAACUGAACUGUUGUUAAAAUAAUAGUUUACCCAAAAAUGUAGUUUUCCUUGUCAAUGUGUAGAGAUGGAUGUUUAGCUAUAGCGAAAGUGAAAAUCAGGAACUGUUGAGCUCCAAAAGAACAGAACCGAUGUGUGGGGUACCAUCGAUGGUGCUCAGUCCGCAUUAUUGGCAGGGUUUUGCAUUUGUGAACGUAAUUUUACAAAAGUAGGAUUUGAUUAUAGAGCAGCACCAAAAAAAAAAUUAUGGUUUGAGUUGAGGGUGGGGGGUUUCUUUGAUUAAAAAGUUAAUACAAGAUCACCAUACUUUGUGAAAUCACAGCGACUGGGCGUACUUACCGGCAAACAAGGGUACUUUAAUGCUUAGAGAUUAGCGAGGGAGUGCUGCUUCAUGUUUGUUUUUUUGGUUUAAAUAUAUUAAACCUAUUUUAGCCUUACGCUGCUCAGUCUACCUAUUAAAAGUAGAAAAAAAAAUCUAUUUCAUUAAUAGCUUAGACAAAAUCAUAUUUUGCUCUUGUCUGGGGGGGCAAUGCCCCCCCUGCCCCCUCAAAUUUCCAUAAUUUAAGAAAAAUACUACUUAAAUUUCAGUCUGAUUCCCACAUAAAUUGACAUACUGUGCAAAUUUCAUAUGGACCACUUGUCCAUAGUCACCAUUCACUUUCAUUAUAUGCAAAAGAGCACUCCAGAAAUUCAGCUAAACAUUAUUUACAGUGGAAUGUGUUGUGGGUUCAGAGCAGCAUUUUUGGGUGAACUGUUAUUUUAAGGGAAUGUAACCGCACAGCAUAUAUUCAGCAUGAAAUACUAUGCAUACUGUAGGUACAAGCCAGUGCCCAAAUGAAACAUCUAUUUUCAAAGUAAAGAGAUAAAGACUUUAUACUCAUUUGUACUCUGUGUAGUAAAUGAGACUAUGGGUGCUUAACUUUACACACUGCUGAAGGGCUUUUGCAAAAAAGAAAAGAAACCCGUCAGGAAAUAACUGAUAAUAUGCACAGCUUUGAUAUUUGUAUCAUAUCAAAUGAGCUAUCUCAUAUAGUACCUGUAUUACAUUUUGAACUUUUAGGUUUUUUUAAUAAAACAUAUUUAAAAUGCA